GUAUUGAUUUGGCGGGAAAAAUCUGAAAAAUCUUGUAUAUUAUUUGAAGUUAGAUAUCAUUUUUUUGACAUCAUAGAACCUGUAACCUUUUAUUAUGUAAAAUUCUAUCAACAAAAUUUCCAAAUAAAUUAUUAAAUUUUUUGAAAGUUCUUGUAAGAAAUCUGAGAUGACAUCUCAGAAUAAUAAAUAUAUUUUUUCAUUAAUACUAAAUUACAUUAGCAAAGACGUUACGUACAAUAAUUUAUAUUUAAUUACUUAUCAUAAUGACGUCAGAAGAUGAUGCUUGGGCUCAAACUCUUAUUACGGUAACUCCAGAAGAGGAUGCAACAUUAAGAAAAAUUGCGGAUACAACGAUAAUAUCAUCAACACAGGACGUAAACUUAGUCCUUGAUCCUGAUGAAAUCGUAUUGAGACGACCGCUUAGACAAUUUGUAGAUACUAAAGAAGUAAAAGAUAAGGAAUCAGAAGAGCCAGAAGAGUUAGAACAGCCAGAAGAGCCAGAACAGCCAGAAGAGCCAGAACAGCCAGAAGAACCAGAACAGCCAGAAGAAAAACUCAAAGAAGAUGCAGAAGUUCAAACAUAUUUACAGGGAAUACCAGUCGUACAUAUUUCUAUUGAAUACCGAGAUGAAGCCUCACAAACGAUGUAUAUGCAUCCACCAUGCCCACCUUUACAAUAUUUUAGAGAUAUCAUGACAUCUAUGAAAGAGGUUCCCAUGCCCGAUUUAAAGAGGAGCAACGUAGCUGCAACUAUUAUUAGCUUCCAUCCCGAAACACCGCAAGAUGUUGUGAUCGAUCAACUAUCCGCGGACGUCACGGACGAAGAACGUGAAGAAUUCGUUUCUAAACUUAGCGACGAAGAAGAAAGGGACAUGGAUAUCACUGAAAUAUUACAUUUUAUAUUAAUACGUGUAUUUUGGAUAGAUGAUCCGACCAGUCAAAUACCAGCUGAGACUGCGGAUAAAAUUGUGCAAACUUAUAUCAAAUAUAAUAAUCGCACAAAAAUCUUCGUUAUAGAUAAUCAAGUACAAACUGAUUUAAGUUGCGAACCGAAAGAAUCUAAUACGAUGCUUUUAUCGGAUUAUUGGGAAACAAAGAAUAUGAUAUUGAAUUACUUGGAAGAUUGUAUUACUAAAGCAAUUGAAGUUAGAAUUAUAGUAGAUGAUAUAAUAGAUGAAAUCAUCGAUAAAUGUGCGGAAAGAGUUAGAUAUCCUAUGAAAGAACAAAGCAUACAAACUAUAGCUACAUACAAAUUAGACAAAACAGAAAAAGAUGUAUUGAAAAAAUUAAAACUCGAUAUGAUCGUAGAUCCCUUAGAAGCAUCGAUUAUUGUCCUACCUUUGAUAGAUGAUUUGUUGCAGAUAGUUUGCGUUAAUGUAUCUAAAAAUGCUGCUAAAAAUGUUAAGAUCAUUUUAAAUAAAAUUCUACAACGGACGACAAAUAUAAUAACAAAACUUAUGGAACUAGAAAAACAAGCACAGCGCAAACCAAUAGAUCAAGUGUUAGCUAAAAGAAAGAAGAAAAUUCUUGAAUUGUUAUCGAAGAAAGAAACAGAAACAAUUGCUACACAAACGAGUAUAGCAGCAAUUUCUGAAGUUAAAAAAAUUAUAAAAUCGAAAGAAGUUUUAUGUUCCGUUUGUAGAAGACAGUCAAUGUGUCAAUAUUGUACGAGUAAUCAAAAAAUUGAAGGUGUUCCACAAGAGGAGUUUAAGAUUCUUCGAACGCAAGAUAUAUUGCUAGCAUAUAAACCCUGUUAUAUUAUGACCAAAAUAUCCCAAGAAGACAAAAGCCUUGAAGUCACUUGUCCAGAAAAAAGUUUGAAAUCUUCUUCAAAACUUCAAGUUUCUUCCUCGAUGGAUUCAAAAGAAUCUCGUCAUACAAUUUGUGUAUUUUUACAAUCUGGUAAACUUGAACCUCGAGAAUCAUUUAACGAAUGGUCUUACGUAACUGAAGCUACGAUAAUGAAACCAUGUUCCAUAAAAGAAUCUAUGAAUAGCUCAAGUCAAACAACUGUAAGUUCGCUAGAUCCAUCAUUUCAACCAGUUUUGUGUAGCACCCAUAGUACAUUAACUUCCCAAGCAGCAACCGCUUUGCAAAUAUUAAAAAAUACAUUUUGUACUCGAGAAACUUGUAUUAUUUCCUCGCAACAAACUUCGCUUAUGGAGAAUGAAAAAGUUUAUAGUUGCAGUAAAUCAAGUUGCAAUGCAUGUUUAACUAUAAAUAACACAAGCUGUACACAACAAACGUGUAAAGCUUUCUCAAAAUUACAUUUACCUAAUACAAAUACAUGUAAUUUUCAAUGUCCUAUGAAAUCACAUGGAGAUGGUUUUAAAAUUAUUCCUAUACAUCUUUCUAAAGAUUCUUCUAUUUGCAAUUAAUAUACAAAUUAAAACAUUAUUUUACAUAUAUUUAUAAUUAUAAUUAAAUGUAUACAUUACAAUAAUUAAUACAUUCUUAAGAUAUUUAUUUGACAGAAAUAAAUGCAUAUACACUGUUUAAGUAUUCUCAGCCAAGCUAUCUAUGUGUCG